AUGGGCUAUAAGAAAUCAGCAAUUCGAACGCUCAAGCCGACAACGGUUCCUAGUACGGGACAUUUUGCUCAUGUCGGGCAUACUGUCGGUCCCGCCAGGGUGGUCUACACAUCUGGCAUGGUUGGCCAGUAUCAAGAUGGAAGUAUAUCUGAUUCAUACGUCGAGCAAAUCAAGCAGAGUCUUGUGAACCUCGGUCACUGCUUGGAAGCCUCUGGAGCAACAGUCAAGGACGUUCUGAAAUUGACAUACUAUAUUGCCAAAUACGACCCCAACAACAGGCCGCACGCCGAUUUGAUUUUUGAAUGGCUGGAGGGCCACAGACCUGCGACAGCCCUAGUUCCAGUGCCCUACUUGGCAAACCCGAAGUUCUUGUUUGAGAUUGAAGCUGUCGCAGCAGUCCGAGAUCCUUCAUUGGAUACUCCCAUUUCAAACCCCGUGCCAGGGAAAGUUGAAACGGUCGAUGUUGUUGUCGUUGGGGCCGGAUUGAGCGGUUUACAAGCCGCUUACGAUCUCCAGAAAGCAGGCUUGAAGACAGUCGUGCUAGAAGCACGAGACCGUGUAGGCGGCAAGACCUGGACGGUCCCAACUGCUAAUGGCACGGGUGCCAUAGACCUUGGUGGAGCCUGGAUCAACGACACGAACCAGUCAAAGAUGUGGGCGUUGGGGCAACGGUUUGGGAUGGAAUAUACAGUCCAAGUCACCGAGGGCGAUUGUGCGUUGCAAGAUUACGGGCGGUUCCCAUUUGGACAAUUACCACCAUUCGACAACGCCGAGGAUCGAGACAACUUCGUCAGAUUCCGAGAUCUGGUCGAAACUUGUUGUCAGACCAUUGAUAUUGAAAAGCCAUGGAUUGGAGGAGAGCACUACGACACCAUGACGUUUGAGGAGUUUGCAAAGCAGUCCGGUGCCCUGCCCAAGACUCUAGAAUAUGCGAAUCUAUGGAUCCGCGCAAUGCUGGGCAUCGAUGGCAACGAGAUCAGUGCGCUCUAUUUUCUGCAUUACUGCAAGAGUGGUGGCGGCUUCGUGCAAAUGAGAUCCGAUGGAAAGCACGGGGGACAGCAUCUGCGAAGCAAAACUGGUUCCCAACCAUAUUCAGAGGGACUAGCCGCCUCACUGACUCCGGGGUCUGUCAUCCUCUCCAGCCCAGUCGCCAGUAUAAAGCAAAAUGCCGCUGGCGUCGUCGUCAGCACAAACAACAACCUCAUCUUUCGCGGCAAAAAGGUCAUAGUCUCCGUUCCCACGCCGCUAUACCGCGACAUUGGCUUCAGCCCGCCCCUUUCUGGAGCGAAAUUGGCUCUGUCGUCGUCCACACGGCUGGGCUACUUCGCCAAGGUGAUACUCCUGUACGCGGAGCCAUGGUGGACAAAAGCUGGACUGGCCGGUCUUGCACACUCGUUCAACACUUCAGAGGACGGUAAGGCUGGCAACGGCGCAGGGCCAAUCACAUUGAUCCGCGACACUUCCGACCCCGAAAGCGGUGUCCACGCAUUGACAUGUUUCGUCCUCGCCAACGUCGGCCGACAAUGGUCGGAACUUCCGGCCGCACAGCGUCGAAAAGAGGUUCUGGAGCAAGUCGUGCAGAUCUAUGCCGACGUGGAUCCCAAGCAGAUCUAUGCGCCUGUCGAAGUAUUCGAGCAGGAAUGGAGCAAAGAAGAGUUCAGCAAGGGUUGCCCAUGUCCUGUGACGGCACCCGGAGUGUUGAGCAGUGUCGGGCACGCCAUUCGCGAACCUUUUGGAAACAUCCAUUUCGUAGGAACCGAGACCAGUAUCAUCUGGAAAGGGUACAUGGAAGGUGCUGUAAGAAGUGGCGAGCGUGGGGCGGCUGAAGUCGUCGCGGCACUACAAAAGCCUGGACGGAUAGGUACUAGACUGUGA